AUGAAAUCACUUUCAUUCAUUAUAUCGUCAGGUCUUCUUGGCCUGGCGGGUGCUGAAUCCAUCGGCCUCCUCAAGUCUGAUGGCGUGGCCUUGGGCAGCUGGGAAACUGCCUACAAGAAGGCUUCCGACUUUGUGGAAUCGCUCACUCCGGCCCAAAAACUGUCUUUGAUUACCGGCUCGAGUAUCAACAUUACAGAUGGCAGCUUUGACGCCCUUGCCUUCCUGGACGGGGAGAUGGGUCUCCAUAACUACUUCUACGUAUCUGCUUUCGGUGAAGCCAAUGCCAUUGCCAUGACCUGGGACGAGGACGCUAUAUAUGCACAGGCUAAGGCGAUUGGCUCCGAGUUCUACAACAAGGGUGUGCAGGUCUUGUCUGGUCCGACCAGUCAGCCACUGGGAAGGACUCCCUGGGGAGGAAGAGAUGUUGAGGGAUUUGGGCCCGAUCCAUACUUGAACGGAUUGGCUACUGGAUUGGGCACCAAGGUGUAUGCAGCAUACCAAACCAACCGAACUGGCGGUGAUGGAGGAGGCCCUGGAGGAUCUCCACCCGGGAUGUCGACGAGGUCAACUGCGUCCUCCUCUGCCGGAGCAGCCUCUGGUACCCCCCAAGCGUCUGGCGCGGCAUCAUCUGGUGGUCCCUCCUCCGGUGGUGGCCCCUCUGGGUCCGGCUCCAGCUCUGGUUCAUCUGCGCCUUACUCGUCUAACACCGAUGACAUAACGCUUCAUGAAACCUAUCUCUGGCCCUUCUACGAUGCUGUCCGGAACGGCAUGGGCGCGGUGAUGUGUGCGAUGAUCAAGGUCAACGGUACUAUGGCCUGCCAGAACUCUGACCUACUCAUGAAACACCUCAAGACUGAGAUAGGUUUUCCUGGUCUCGUCUGGCCAGACGCCAACGCCCAAGAUAGCGCAACACUCUCGGCCUUGAAUGGAGAGGACUACGGAUCCAGCAGCAUCUGGACCAACUCGACCAUUGAUGCUCUCCUAUCCAAUGGCACCCUGACCCAGGCUCGAUUCAACGACAUGGCGAUUCGUAAUGUCAUCGGAUACUUCCACGUUGGACUGGACAACGGCAAACAGCCCAGUGCCCAGGACCAAGAUGCGUACGUGGAUGUGCGCGCGAAUCACUCCAAGUUAAUCCGCCAGAACGGCGCGAAGUCCUUGGCUCUUCUCAAGAACAACGGUGGUCUACCACUUAACAAGCCUCGCGUUAUGAGUGUUUUUGGUGCCCACGCUGGCGCCGUCACUGGAGGCCCCAACGCCGCUAUGGAUAUCAACGGAUCCGGACCUACGUCCCAGGGACACCUGGCCACCGGUACUGGGUCGGCCCAGUCCUCCUCUCCCUAUCUGAUUACGCCGCACAUCGCCCUGACAAACAGAGCCGUUGAAGACGGAACCAUGCUACGCUGGAUCCUGAACGAUACGUACGCCUCUAGCGGUGGAUCGUCGUUGAUCCCCGAGUCGACUGACAGCACAGCUGUCUCCCUGUCAUAUGAAAGCUACGCCAGCGGCUCUGAUGCCUGUUUGGUCUUCCUCAAUGCGCUGUCCGGUGAAGGUGCCGACCGAACGGAGCUGUACAACACUGACCAAGACGCCAUGGUCAACACAGUUGCAGACAACUGCAACAACACGGUUGUCGUGCUUAACACCGUCGGGCCCAGACUCGUGGACCAGUGGAUCGAGCAUGACAACGUCACUGCUGUUCUCUACGGAUCUCUCCUCGGUCAAGAGUCCGGUAACUUCAUGGCGGAUGUCCUGUACGGCGACGUGAACCCAUCUGGCCGGUUGAUCUAUUCGCUUGCCAAGAACGAAAGCGACUAUAAUGUUGAUCUGUGCUAUACUUCUCAGUGUUUACCUCGACUACCGCUACUUCGACGCCAACAACAUCACCGCUCGCUACCCUUCGGCCACGGACUGUCCUACACUAGCUUCUCCUACUCUAACCUGAAUGUCCACGAUCCCUCACCCCUCUCCAAAUACCCGACGGGCGCCCACUCUGUCGGCGGAGACAGCGACCUAUGGGAUACAGUCGGCAAGGUCUCGGUUACAGUGAAAAAUACCGGCUCUGUCGAUGGUGCCGAAGUGCCUCAACUAUAUCUUGGAUUUCCUCAGGCUGCGGGUCAGCAUGUUCGCCAGCUCCGUGGGUUCAAGAGAGUUGAAAUCAAAGCGGGAAAGAAUGAGAAAUUUGAUUUUAGCCUAAGACGCAGAGAUCUAUCCUACUGGGAUGUGAAGGCUCAGAAGUGGGCUGUUGCGCAGGGUGAAUACAAGGUAUUUGUUGGAGCCAGCUCGAGGGACCUCAAGCUGAAGGGACGUUUCACGGUGAGGGAUAAGCCUAUGCUCUGA